UCGGGCCGGGACCGCGCCGCCGGCCCUGCCCGGCUCUGGCCCGGGAGCUGGGCGCGCUGGGCCCGCGGUUCGCCGACGCGGCGCGCGGACCAGCCGCGCAGGGCCUUCGCCUCGGCCCGGCUUCCGGCGCCGAUCCCCAGCACUCGCGGCCCCGGCUCUGGCCCCGCGCCGGAGGCCGGGUCGCUAGCAGUUAUCGGGCGUGCGUGCCCGGGCAGCGCCAGGCCGGGCCCACGGGGGCGCUCGGGGAGUUUGGUGGCGGUUCCCGGGCUUUUUCCACUCGGCCCCGAAUUCCUUCUCCACCUCCGCCUUUUCCGGAGUCUCAGGUCCGGAGUGCCUCGAAGCCCGCUCCGUCGUCGAGCGAGGAAUGUAUUCAGACAAGUGCAGUGACUCCGCAGGGAAGGCCUCAAGAGUCGGUGCGCUCGCCUAGUUCAUUAUUGUUAUUUUUCCUUUUAUGUGUAUUUACUUGGAGAGAGAGCGCGAGCGGGGGAGGUGCAGAGAGAAUCACGAGCUGGAUCCUUGCAGAUCCGGAGGCGGGGCUCGAUCCUACCAACCGUGAGAUCAUGACCUGAGCGGAAAUCAGGAGUGGGGAGAUGAAAUGACUGAGCCACCCCGCGGGCCCUGUUUUCUCUUCUUCUCAUCCUGCAGCUGCUGUUUCUUCAAAGUCCUACCUCCUAAGUUAGUUUGGGAAGUAGUUAGCAUCUUUGCCGUAGGAACUGCUCAGAACCAAGUCAUUUGCCAGAGGAGCUGCUCUGGGCCAAGUGGAGACUGGGCAGAGCAGGACCUGCACUUUUCCUCGGAGGAGCUUUUGCACGUGGAUGGGAAGCCCCGCGAGUGGGGCGAAGAUUACCUACAAGGAAAGGGGAUGAAGAUCCUCUCCUCGGCUGUUGUGCACGGCUAUGAAACAGAAGAACAGUGGCCAGAACCUGGAAGAGGACGUGGGUCAAAAUGAACAGAAGACAGAUACUCCCUCUACAGAGAAGAUACUCCUGGACGAGAAGGCCAAGCUAGAAGAGCAGCUGAAGGAGACCGUGGAAAAAUAUAAGCGAGCUUUGGCAGAUACUGAGAAUUUGCGACAGAGGAGCCAAAAAUUGGUGGAAGAGGCAAAAUUAUAUGGUAUCCAGGGCUUCUGUAAGGACCUGCUGGAGGUCGCAGACAUCUUGGAGAAGGCGACGCAGAGUGUCCCGAAGGAGGAGGUUAAAGACGACAACCCGCACCUGAAGAACCUGUACGAGGGGCUUGUGAUGACGGAGCUCCAGAUCCAGAAGGUGUUCACGAAGCACGGCCUGCUCCGGCUGGACCCCGUGGGGGCCAAGUUUGACCCCUAUGAGCACGAGGCCUUGUUCCACACGCCGGUGGAGGGGAAGGAGCCGGGCACGGUGGCGCUGGUCAGCAAAGUGGGUUACAAGCUACACGGGCGCACCCUGCGGCCCGCCCUGGUGGGGGUGGUGAAGGCGGCGUAGCGGCCGCCGCAGGGCUGCCCUGGGUCCUGUGAGAUCGUUUGCCGUACGUAACUCCUGAAAGGUUGGCUCAUCUCUUCUCUACUUUUGACCCUUUCCCAAAUCUUGUUGGAAAACUGUAGUAACCGGCGGCUAAACAGAGAAUUCAGCCGGUUGCACGGAUGUGCGAAUGACCUCUAUUCUAAUUCGGGAGUCUGUUCGUUGAUUUUUAAUACACCUUUAAUAGCCCCACAUGCUUACGGAACAGGCCAGCGGCCGCUACGGGAGCCUAGUGUCACGGAUGACACGAGCUCGAUCUGCUCACGGCCUGGCGAUGUCCACGUGUCGUAAGCCAAGUACGUGUCUUCAGGAACCACGCUGGCCACCCGGCUGCCCUGUGGCGCACGCUGCCCCCUGUGCUCAGCCCGCUGCCUCCAUCCAGUGAAGGGAAGGCGAGGGUUUACGCACGCUCCUGCUCGGAACGGUUCCACGAUGCCCUUGCUGGAGUACGUGGGUUCGUUUAUAGUCGGUUACCGUCUAGCUGCCGUGAGCGGCCUCCGGCUUUUCUCCGGAGACGGGAAGUGAGCACGAGCACCUGAACAGCCCUCACCGCCUUAUUUUGCCGGUAACUGAAUUUGACAAAAUCGGUCACUUUUGCCCUGUUUCUUUCAUCUAUUUGUAGAAAUGUCCAGAUCUAUAUUAGCUGGUUACUGAUGGCCUGGAGGUUAUUUUCCCUAGUAAGGUGGACUUUCUCAGAAUCUGACAGCUGCAUGCUUGGUAUAUUUGAAAUGUUAAUGUUUAAUUUUUAAAUUUUAUUUAAGAGGAUUAAAGCCCUAAUAUGUUUUAUUUUCCUACUUUCUGAUAACUGUUUUGUGUACUUUGGCGGAGGGGAUCCACCUACUAAGUGUGACUUAGUCUUCCCGUUCUCUGCUCAAAUCCCAAGGCCGUGUACUUGGCCCACGUCCGCACACAGGUCGGCUUCCCUCUGGUGCAGCCACAGGCUGGCAUGUAACUGGGCCUCUGCUGGGGGCAGAUGUCUCCACCCACAGACCUGGGAAGGGGACCGGGAAGGGGACCGCAGACACACAGGAGCUGCAGCAGAACACCUCCCCUCCAUUCCUCAUUCGCCUGGAGAGAAAAGUGGAGCGAGUGACGUUACAAACCAGAGAGAAUCCAACCUUCCACUGCCUUCGCUUCCAGGAGCUAUUUGUAGGAGUCAGGUCAACACUUAAAUUCAUUUACUGCAUAUACAGGUGGGGCAAUUUAUUUUGCUUGUAAUUUUGAAAGAUGUAGGUAAUAUUCCCAUAAUUAAAAUUUUAAUUUAUACCACUUCAAAA